AAUGUGCCGUUUGUUCAAGAACAGGGCAACAGUGUUUCCCAGCAAACUCUUGUACCAUCCUCAGAAAUAAAUACGGAAACAGAAAGGCAUUCUGAAACUUCCAUCUCCAUUGAAGAAAAUGCAAAGGUGCACACGGAACAAAUAGGCAUCUCCGGAAUCUCACCCGAAGAGUUAAGGAUGACAGAAAGUAAAGCAGACUUGAAUAUUUCAUAUCCCACCAAUAACCUUGUAACUUCACAGCAAGAUGGAUGUGAAAUGGCUGGCACAUUUGCAGAAGAAGGUAAAAGAGGACAGACUGGUAGGAAUGAGAGGAUGGAAGAAGUAAAAGGCGAAAUGAUCGAGGCCACAUUGGGAGUGGGACAGCACACGGAGGCGCAGGAAGAGGCAUCAGCAACAAGUUGGAUUGUAGUCAAACGAAAGAAGAAAGCUAGAAGACUUAAGAAAAAGACAUUUAAAAAACCAGCAAAACAGAUAGCGUUUGCAGUGGACCAGGGGUCAAAUAGCAUGGAUGGUAAUCAACUGGAAAAUAACACAGUAAUUCAGGAUAUUUUUUCCCAUCAAUCUCAAAGAAGCACAGAAAAGAAAGUACGCAAGAAGGCAAAGCUAGCAACCCUCCUGACAACCUUAAGAAGGUACAGUCGAGCAUGCAAAGUGACCCCAGACUACACAGUUAGUAAAAUAAAAGAAUAUCAUGCACAUAACCUUGAUAUGCUUGCCUCGUCAGAUCCUGUUGAUCCUCCUCUACCUUCUGUUCAGGUGCAAACAAAACAAGAUGCUGAAGUGUCAUUAGAGUUGGAAAAAUCCUCAGAAACAGUUGGAUCUCUUUCCUCAGAUAGCAAUAACAAAAGGAAACUUGACACCAGUAUUGUGGUAAAAAGUACUGCCCCACUCAAUACCUCGCCUUCAUUAGAUACUCCAGUGACUCCUUUUCAGGAGAUUCUGACUGAAUCUGGAGUAUUAAGUCCGAACAAAAAGCCUCGGAAAGUAAGUGUGAGGAGGAGGCACACAAGGAAGAGGUUCAGGCAAAAUGACAGACAAAAAGAAAAGGCAGCUCUUUGGAAUAAACAGGUUAAUGCAGGGAUGGAGGAACUGUCAUCCAUAAUCAAAGAUGUUCAAGCAGAAAAAUCAGUCAUUGAAGUGAUAGAGCCACACCUUUCUGAUGCAUGCUCAACACAGGUGUCAUUUCUUAAAUUAGCUGUCACCCAAGAAGCUAAAAGUAAGCAGGGGGAGGAGACUGGAGAGUUGUUUGAAGAUGCUGAAGAAGGACAAGGAAGCAAACUUGAGCAAGGAUCCGUGGAAACGGUAACAGCGGAGCUAAAUUCAACCACUCAGCCCUCAAAACUCCAGGUGCCUGGAAUACCACUCAAGAAGGGGCAGUGUCCUACAAAGUGCCGUUUCUGUGGGCGUUCCUUUCGUCACAUCUCAGCCUAUAUCAUCCACCGGCGCAUCCAUACUGGUGAGAAGCCUUACAGGUGCCAGGAGUGUGGCAAGAGCUUUGCACAGCUCUCUGACCUUAAGGCCCACAGGAAUGUCCACAGGCCGUCUGGUUGUUUUCAGUGUCCAUUUUGUACCAGCAGGUUCUCCCACAGAGAUGAACUGCUCGCUCAUAUUCUGAUCCAUGCUGACUCAAACCAGCAAAGUCGGAAUAGUGAGUCAGGGAGUGAUGGUGCAAGAACUAAGACCCAGAACAGUACUGAUCUUUCUGGCUUCACCUCAUCUCUAAAAGACCGUGAACUCCUCGUAUGCCUUAGCUGUGGAAAGAGUUUUAGCCAUAGUGGUGCACUCAAAGUCCACAUGCGUAUCCAUAGAAGAGAGAAACCCUUUUCCUGUAAAGUCUGUGGGAAAGCUUUCCGCCAAGCCAGUAGUCUCAGUGAUCAUGAGAAAACGCAUUGGCAAGUUCAGCCUUAUGCCUGCUCAGUGUGUUGGAAAGGGUUUAGUCAGCUUGCAGAGCUGAAAACUCACUCCCGUACACAUACAGGGGAGAAACCUUAUUGCUGUGCACUUUGUGGAGAUGCCUUCCACCAGCUAUCAUUCCUUCGUUCACACCAGGCAUCAAAAGUUUGUUUGACCAAAGAAGUAGGAGGAGAUGCUGAUAAGAGUAUUAUUGAGGACUUUUUGGUGCUGCAAGGACUGGAUGGGCACAUAAACCCUCCAGUGGCAUAUGAGUGUCAGAUCUGCUGCACGAGCUACAAUCUCCAGUCUGAGUACAGCAGUCACCUGCUCACGCAUAGUGAUGUUCAGACAGACUCUAGUGAUGUGAACAAGACUUGA